CAGAGUUGAUCCUUCAACAGUCUCCCUCCUCUUCUUCUGACAUAAAGCUAUCAAAGAUCGAGUUGUGAACGCAAAGAUGAGUGUGUCAGUUGGUACGAACAACAUGAAGCGAUGCUGGAAUCAGCAUGUUUUGUUUCUGAUGCUGUUGGUCGUUGUUUCUACUGCUGCAUUCGCACCACAGCAGUUGCCCGGUCAACGUACUACAAGUACCACAGCACGCUCCAUGGGCAUGUUUGAUUUCAUCAACAAUGCCUUUGCCAACGAAGCAUAUGAUGACCGCCGGGCCACUGCCUCUCAUAUCUUGGUUGAUUCCGAAGACGAAGCCCAAAUUGUGCAAAAGGAAAUUUCCGAGGGAAAACCUUUUGCUGAAGCCGCCAAAGACUAUUCGUCCUGUCCGAGCGCCUCCAAGGGUGGUUCCUUGGGAACUUUUGAGCCGGGAAACAUGGUGAAAGAAUUUGAUGACGUUGUUUUUAAUCAAGAAACAGCCAUUGGAGAAGUUGUCGGACCCGUCAAGACCUCAUUUGGGUAUCAUUUGAUCAAGGUGGAGGACCGAUUUGAAAUUCAAACCAAGACCGAAGGAAAAGGGGCAUUCUAAGGAGACAGGCAUACAAACUACACUGCAAGACCCAAGCAGAAUUCCUCCCUCAGUAACUGACUAGCUAGCCACCGUAAUUGAUGAUGAGACCGGAGGGAACUAUUCCGCACACAAACAGUUCUAACUACUCUUUUGGAACUUAAAAGCCGUAGUAGCAGGUUGUUGGGAAGAGCUUUACGUAGUACUAUCGAGGUCGCCGCCGUACCUCAGUCUCGUUUCAGACUCACUGCA